AUCAUCGACAUGCACGGAUUCAAGAAAAUCCACAAAACUGCAAAGAAAGUUCUGAUCGAUGCAGUGAACUCAAUGGAGCUGAUGGAUCCGAGUCGCUCAACACUAAACGAAGAAAACGUGUCUUCAUGCGCGCAUAUGACUCUGGAGGAGGUGAUCAAAGACCUGGCGGACCUCAAAUGGCAAGAAUGCUGCGUCACUUCCAUCCAAACCCUAAAUUCGGUGAACUACGAUCUGGUCGUACACAACACCGACGCUGAAGCUGAGUCAUCGAAACCGAAGCUUAAACAGAAAACGAGGUCCAGGAAGCGGCGCAAGUUUUUGACACUGGGAGCCGCCGGGGAUGACAGCGCUGACACCGCCACAGCCACAGCCACAGCAGCCGCAGCUCACGGUUGCGGCUACUUUGGAGGCUCAAAUUUGAUCACUGAGACUGAGAGGAUGAGGAUAACUGACUUCAACGACGAUGAUUUUGGUGCUACCGGCGGUGACUGUAGUGAGUACUCUUCCACUUUUCUUCCCAUUGAACCGUAUUGAGAGAGAGAGAGA